AUGUGUCAUCAGCGGUUGGUCAUCUCCUGUUUUGCCCUAGUUUUGCUGGCAUCUCCCCUUGUGGCCAUAUGGGAACUGAAGAAAGACGUUUAUGUUGUAGACCUGGACUGGCACCCAAAUGCUUCUGGAGAAGAGGUGGUCCUCACUUGUAACACCCUUGAAGAAGAUGGCAUCACCUGGACCUCUGACCAGAGCAGUGAGGUCUUAGGCUCUGGCAAAACUCUGACCAUCCAGGUCAAAGAGUUCUCAGAUGCUGGCCGAUACACCUGUCAGAAAGGAGAAAAGGUUCUAAGCCAUUCACUCUUGCUGCUUCACAAAAGAGAAGAUGGUGUUUGGUCCACUGAUAUCCUAAAGGAACAGAAAGAACGCAAAAAUAAGACCUUUCUAAAAUGUGAAGCAAAGAAUUAUUCAGGACAUUUUACCUGCUGGUGGCUGACAGCAAUCAGUGCUGAUUUAGAAUUUAUUGUUAAAAGCAGCAGAGGCUCCUCUGACUCCCAAGGGGUGACAUGUGGGCCAGUGACAUCCUCUGAAGAGGACACAAGGGACCAGAGCAGGUAUAAGAAGUACGCUGUGAAGUGUCAGGAGGAGAGCGCCUGCCCAGCAGCUGAGGAGAGCCUGCCAAUUGAGGUCGUGGUGGAAGCUAUUCACAAGCUCAAGUAUGAGAAGUACACCAACAGCUUCUUCAUCCGAGACAUCAUCAAACCUGACCCACCCAAGAAUCUGCAGCUGACUCGAUUGACAAAUUCUCGGCAUGUGGAAGUCAGCUGGGAGUACCCUGACACCUGGAGCACCCCACAUUCUUACUUCUCCCUGACAUUCUGCCUCCAAGUACAUGGCACAAACAAGAGAGAAAGGAAAGAGAAACUCUGUGUGGACAAGACUUCAGCCAAAAUUACCUGCCAUAAGAACGCUGAGAUCCAGGUGCAAGCCCGGGACCGCUACUAUAGCUCCUCCUGGAGUGAAUGGGCAUCUACCUCCUGCAAUUCGGCCUGGGCUGGGGCUCUGGGCGUCUGGCAGCUCUGCUCCCUCUGCGGUCGUGCGCCUCCCCGCCUGUGCCUGUCGGCGGAGCGCAGCCGUUUAUGGCAUGGCUGGAGGGCUCUGCUCCUGAACCUCUCCCUCUACAGCUUUUACCAAGUCCUAUCUCCCCAGCCCUUAGCCCACCUGGCCCCUUCCCUGGCCAUGGCUAACCUGAGCACAGGGGCAUCUGGGGACCUGAACUUUCUGCCAGUAGCCUUGGGGUUUGGAGGAAAGGAAGGGGCGGGAGGGGGAAAGGAAGGGCAAGUCUUGGGAACACUCGUGUCCAGUCAGCUUCCUCCUUUCCACACCCAACACGCAUACAUCGGUAAAAUGGAGCAAAGAUGA